AUGGAACACGAUGAAGAAUUGAGACGCAAGGUUGCCGUCUUUACUAAUUCAACGCUUCAUAGUGACACUUCACCCCCUUGCCAGAACCCAGGGCCCAGGAUAGCAGCACUCACUUCAUGGUACGAAUGCUACUACGAUGUCUGGCUAGGCGGACACUGUUUCCGUACAAUCGCGAAAAUGCACCAGAAAUACGGCCCCAUCGUCCGCAUCAGUCCCAACGAAGUACACUUUAACGACCUAGACUUCAUCGACUCCCUCUACCCCGGCGCCGGCGAGCGCAAAACCAAUAGACCCGUCAUGGUGGGCAAACAAAGUGGAACUCCAGACUAUAUGACCGCCACCGAAGACCACGACAUGCACCGCCGGCGCCGCGCCGUUAUUAAUCCCUUCUUCUCCGUUGCUAGCGUCCGCAAACUCGAGCCCGUCAUCAGGCAACACACCGAAAAGGUACUGGCUCGGCUCGAGCAGGCUACCGAGCCCGUUGAGAUGAAUCUACUGUUCAAGGCAUAUGCGAACGACACGGUCGUGCAGUAUGCGUUUGGCGUCUGCUUCCAUUUCCUCGACGACGCCGAGUGCGGGAAGCCGUAUUUCAAAGCCGUCGACAUGUUUUUCAGCCUCAACCAUCUUUUUGGGCAUUGGCCCUUCAUCGGGUGGAUGGUAGGGAAGGCGCCCGGCUGGGUGAUGAGAAACUUUGGCGAGGGGCUGAGAGAAAUGUGGAGAAGAAAAUGGUACUGGUGGAUCCAGAAAGUUGGUGAGAUUAGGACCUCAAACGACCCCGAGCGCGUCAAGAGCACAAUCUUCGGCGGCGUGCUGAACAGCUCGCUUCCCGACGCAGAAAAUACGGAUCUGCGUCUUGCGAGCGAAACGCAACUCGUUAUUUUCGCCGGCGAAGGGACUACGGCUAACCCUAAAAUCUCCAGCACACACCCCUCUAUCCUCGCUACCGUCAAAGCCAAGCUGUCUUCUCUACCCGACUCGCCUUCCUUCGCCCAAAUCGACGCGCUACCCUACUUUAACGCCGUGAUCCAGGAGACCAUUCGCCUGCAUCCCGGCGUCUCCGUCGUGUACGGCGAGUAUGUGAUUCCUGCGGGCGUCACGUACGGCAUGACGCCCACGAUCCUGCACAAAACAGCCUCAGUAUUCAAAAAUCCGGAGGAGUUUAGGCCCGAGAGGUGGAUUGAGAACCCUAAGCUGUCGCGCGCAUUCAUGGGGUUUUCGAGGGGGCCGAGGGGGUGUAUUGCUGUCAAUCUCGCGCGCAGAGAGAUUUCUGUCUUACUAGCAGCGCUGCUGGUUAAGUACGAUGUAUAUGAGGAAGGAGGGGGGAAGAUGGGACCUACGUUACAGGUGUUUGAUACAGCUAAGGAAAGAGAUAUCGAUACGAAUAGCGAGUAUAUUAUUCCUGCAGUAGCGAGGGGGAGUAAGGGGUUGAGGAUGGUAGCAAGGCGUUAGACGCUCCUGGUGGGAAGGCAGGAGAGUGUGAGCGGUAGAGUGUCUUGAAGGCCACGAGUAAGGGCUCGAGGACGGUAAUCAGGUAUUAAGGGCGUUUCGCGCCCUACAUGUGCCAUUUUGCAUCAUGGUAGAAAUGUAGCUGACCUACUUUGUACUUGUCACUCGCCAACUUCGAAGCCUCAGGACGAAAUUCG